GUCAACCUGACCUAACCUAGAUAAAAGGCCUAAAGUGGCACUGCCACCUUGAUGUGCCGUCGGAUCGAAAGCAAAUUGACAAUUUUCUUUUUUCGUCUUUCCAGUCCCGUGUACGCGAAGCGCAACAAUGGGGGCAGUCAGUCAAACGUUGGGAAACAAUACGAAACAUCUCUGCACAGUUUGAUUGCUCUGAAGGCAUUUUCCGAAAGCAUCAAGGGAGAACAAACUUACGAAGAAAGCAAUUUUGAUUGCUUCGAUGAUCUUUGCUUUAAGUACAACACGCGUGGUGCCACAAAUUUAAUACUGCUGCAAGCAAAGCAUGCCGCCAAUCCUGGAUCAGAGAUCAAUCAAGCGAGCCUCUGUACAGAAUAUGGAGCAAAAAGGAAUGGUUUUUCCUUAGUUAAGUACUUCAUGGCCUAUCUGGAAGUCAAGCGAACAGCACUGAAUAGUGGAGAGAAAAUAAACCGUGUCGUUUUGUUCACAAAUAAAGGAUUGGCUGAUGGAUUAAAGCAGAAGUGUGACCAGCUGCCAAAGGGAAUCCUAGAAUCUCCUUUCAAAGAGCUUUUCAAUUCUUCUAGUUAUGACAAGCAUCUAUUUUACGUCAUCAAAAACGUUGACUGGAUAGCUUUUGAUAGCCAGACGAAAGUGACAGAACGUCAUGAGGAACUCGUGCAGUGGUGGAAAGACCGUCACAUGGAAAUCGACGCUUUAAAAAAGGAGUUCCUAGAAGCACUUAUUUUGGCAGUCAAUCAGCCAGACGUCGAGGAGCUCAAGAAAAUUCAAGAAGAAGUGUUUGCUGGCUUACUAUGUUGUAAACAGAUGUCUAAAAAAGAAGAGAAAUACGUUCGAAAAUUUUUUAAUGGAAUAGUGAAGGACUGGAUGGAUGAAAGGGGCGAAGAAGUCACAGCAUGGACCUUACAAACGACAGAGAAAUGUUUCCAAGACGCAAAAGCAGAGCUGAGCGGCGUCAAGAUACGAGGCUUUUCUGAGGCGAACAGAAGACAACUGGAAAUGGGUGUGAGUGUGACGGUCAACCUCCAGCAACCACGAUUCAACUUCCAGCAUCCUCAACUCGGAAAGGAUUCGCAAUACCCGAAUGUGUUUGAAACCGAACAGCUCUCAAUCAACUCACGUCUCGCCGUUCUGGAAGCCGGACAGAGCGAAUACAGGCUUCUGAGAGCCGAAGAGUUGACGGAGGUCCUCUGGGAGAGCCUCGCCACAUCAGAUGUUGAGAUCCUAAUAAUUGUUCAUGAAAAGAAUAAGUGCGUCAAUGUCACCGUCGAAGACCUACGUCGACGACUGACAAACACCAGUUCGAGGUGGAUUGUCUUGACAAACCAGCCAGGAGCUGGUUUUCGCCUUCAGGACAUUCAGCCGAAGGAUUUGGCAGAAGAUGCUUUGAAUGAAAUACUCAGAAAAACCGUUGAAUUUCAAGGAGAGCUCAUUAAUGUUCAAGACGUUGUUAAUGACAAUGAGGGCUUAAAGAACAUUUUAAACCCUGAGAUUAUAGAAAAACUAAGUUCCGGCACAGAGAUUCACAUUGGACAGACCAUUCCUUGCCCACCACAACCCUACAUUCAACGACACCUCACACAGUGUGCCGACUCUGCAACAGAGACGGACAGAGUUUCAACAAGAGAAACUGCACGUCCGAGUUUCAAGGAAGACGAAGUCAUUUUGAAAGCAGUGGAACAGAACAAGCACAUCAUCGUUAGCGCCCCACCCGGAUCUGGCAAGUCGACUCUCAUCUCCAGUUUGUGCAGAGGGAUCAAGACGCAGCAGCCAGCUUGGUGGGUGGGGAUGUGUGACUUGAGGAAGAAGAUGACAGCACUCGGCAAGUACAAGGAAGGGAAGAAGGCAUUGCGGGAACAAGAGGAAAUCCCACCAGGCCUAACGGAGCCGGACUGGAUCUUGUUCAGGGAUCUGUUUGACGUGGAUGAGGUAGAAGCGACGCUGCUCAAAGUAAGACUUAACGGCUAUGGCAGGAUUGUCCUUUUAGUAGACAGCUACGAUGAAACAGCUCACAUGUAUGGGCGUGACAUCGGAGCCUUCCUGAAGUCGCUAAGUGAAAUCAAAACGCUGUGCAUGUGUGUGGCCACUAGACCACAUUUGCUUGAAGAGCUGAAGCUCGUGCUUAAUGAGCGCCUAGACUUUGGUCUAGAUAUGCUCACACGAAAUGAACAGGUUGAUUUGCUGGCUCAGUUACGACAAAAGAAAUCUUCGUCAGAAAAAGCGUUGGAGGACUAUAAAAGCGAAGCAUCUGAGGUAAUAAGGAAACUUCCCUCCCAGUUUCCUGAUAACCCGUUGCAUUUGUUUAUGAUUAGCGAGACCUUCGGAACUGAAGGUGGACGCGGUGAAGUAAAUGAUGUAUCACUUUACAGAUUGUAUCACUGCUUCGUCCAGAUGAAGUUCGACUGCCACUGGAGAGAAUUAAAAUAUGAUCCUAAAAUGGAGGCUGAGAAAAAUAACAAAACGAUGGAAGACGAACACAAGCAAAUCGCAAUUAGCUACUUCCUUGGUGAAAAUCACGAGUGGUACCACGAAAAUUGUGUUGAUCUCUUAGCAAGAGUUGUGGAAAAAAAUGUUGGCUUAGUUUCUAAGGACAAUCGUGGCCGUCCAUUAUUUGUCCACGAAAGUUUUGCUGAGUAUUUUCUUAGCCUGUAUCUUUAUGACAAACUGAAAGACUCCAUUAAGUCAGAGUCGAUGACAAACACUUUAACCCAAGUUUUGGCUUCAUGUGGGUUGCAUCAGAUUCGUGUUUUUUUGGAUGGUAAGCUCAAAGAGAAGCCGAUUUUUCGAGAACGGUUUACUGCAACAAUGCUCGACUUGCAUUCAACUACGGUCCACCGAAAAAACAACAUGUCUUGGAGACUUUGCAAGACAAGAAUAAAUUUUUUGACAGUACCCACUCAUGAAUGUCUGCCGGCAUUGAUGUGUCACAUGUGGCAACUUCGACAGUUGCUCUCAACUGACGACCAGGCUCUUUUCCUACUUGAUGCCGCGUCUAGUGCUUGCCAUUAUGGAUUGCCCAUCUUUGCGAAGCUUGCACUUAGCGAAAGCAACGUCAACGUCAACGUUGCUUCGCAAAAUGGUUGCCGAGCACUAGACGUUGCUUGUAACAGUUUGAAGAAUGAACCAGAAGAACGAACUGUAGUGCAACUCCUUAUCGAUGCAGGUUGCGAUGUUAACGCGACGAGACAUGACGGGAGGACCGCACUCCACAUGGCUGCUGCAAAUAGCAAUCCCGAUGUCGUUCAAAUGCUCAUAAGGAAUGAAUCCAACGUGAACGCGUGUUCAAACAACGGCUUCACCGCACUUCACUUUGCUUGCGACAAAUAUUCAGUCGACAAAUGGUUCCCCAGUGCGGGGCAGGAAGAGAAUGUGGUAAGAGUGCUCCUGGACAACGGGUGCCUCGUGGAUGCCGCAGCGCAGCAUGGUCUUACAGCGCUUCACUUGGCUGCAAAGAAGUGCAAUUAUGAUUUCGUAAAAUUGCUAUUACAGAAGAAAUGGAACGCAAACGCGUUGACGGAUAGCGGUAUGACACCGCUGCACCUGGCCGUUCUUCAGGAACACGUUGAUGUGAAUCAGCAGCUUGAGGUGGUCCAGCUCUUACUGGGAGCAGGAUGCAACGCGAAACUGGAGUCAAAGUACGAAGGGACUGCACUAGACAUGGCAAUCAGAGGAAACAAAUUGGAAGUAGUAAAAUUGAUGAUUAAAGGGCUGGACGACGUGCAGGCGUCAUCAAAGGACGGUUGGACUGGUCUUCACACUUCCGCUGAGAGUGGUAAACCUGAUAUAGUGAAUUAUUUUUUGGAAAUAGGAUGUGAUGUUGACGCGAAGACCAAAUACGGCUGUACUCCACUGCAAUUGGCUACUCGGAAGGUUCACCUUGGCGUUGUCAAACGACUUUUGGAAAAUCACGCUCAUAGAAUUGACCACCUUGGCCGAACUCCGCUUCACAUUGCAGCAGAAGCCAGUAAACUUUCUGUGGUCGAAUAUUUCUUGAAAAAUGGAUGGGACGCCAAUGCAACGACAAACGAAGGUGAGACUGCUCUCCACUUGGCCGUGACCGGAAAAAGUCUGCACGGUUGGAAGAGCCUUAUUGAUGUGGUCAAAGCACUCAUAGCAAGAGGAUGCGAUGUCAACGCAGCGACGAAAGAUGGGAAAACUGUGCUUCACCUCGCCGCUGAACGCGAAGAACUCGAUAUUGUGAAACUGCUCUUGGCUGCAAAGUGUGACGUCCAUUCAACAACAAACGGCGGCAAAACGGCACUCCACUUGGCCUAUGGAUUUUGGCGAAGCGAGAGAAGUACUGAUUUGAUCAAAGUACUCAUAGGAAAUGGAUGUGAUGUUAACGUGCCGACAAAUGACGGGAAAACUCUGCUUCACAUUGCCUCUGACCGUGAGGACCUUGAAGUUGUACGAAUGCUCCUGGAUGCGAAAUGCGAUGUUAAUGCAGCGAUAGAGGACGGCAGCACUGCACUUCACAUGGCCAUAAAAUCUUGGCAAAGCCAGGGACUGGUCAAUGCUCUUAUAGGAAAGGGAUGCGAUGUCAAGGCAGCGAAGAACGAUGGGACAACUGCGCUUCACCUGGCCGCUGAAAGUGGUAAACUUGACGAUGUAAGACUCCUCUUGAAUGCGAGAUGUGACGUCAACGCAGCAACUGCAAAGGGAUGGACUGCACUUCACUUCGCCGAAAGGUGGGGAAAAGUUGAUUUGGUGCAAGAACUCGUUGACAGGGGUUGCAAUGUCAACGCAGCGACAAAUGACGGGAGGACUGCCCUUCACCUUGCGGCUCAGUAUGGCCAUCUCGACGUGUUAAAACUGCUCGUGGCAAAGCAAGGUGACGUCAACGCAGCGACAAAUGUCGGGAGGACUGCCCUUCACCUUGCGGCUCAGUAUGGCCAUCUCGACGUGGCAAAGCUGCUCGUGGCAGAGCGAUGUGACGUCAACGCAGUGACAGAACGGGGCUGGACCCCACUUCGCUUUGACGCAGAGACAGAACGGGGCUGGACCGCACUUCACUAUGCCGCGGAACGCGGCCAGCUUGAAAUGGCAAAAUUAGUUCUGGCAGAGCAAUGUGACGUCAACGCGGUGACUGAAAACGGCUGGACUGCACUUCACUUGGCCGCCAAUAGCGGCAAACUUGAUGUGGUGAAACUGCUCGUGGCAGAACAAUGUGACGUCAACGCGGUGACCAAUGAUCACGAGACUGCGCUUCACUUGGCCGCCAAGUGGCCUGACCUGGAGUUGGUCGCUAUCCUUUUGGAAAGGGGAUGCGAUGCGAACGCAAAGACAUACCAAGGCAUGACUCCACUUCACACUGCUAUUUCGAGGUUCGAACCCCGUGUGCUGAACAUCUUGGUGAAACCAUUCAACAAUGCGCCGUCGGUAGGAUCUUUCGCAACAUUGCCUGUGGGGAGCCAGGUAGGGCUAUAUUUUAAAGAAAACGGUUUUGAUCAAGCAAUAGACAUUGAAGAAGGGCAGUCUACAAUAACUGCUACUGUGCGUUCUGCUCACCUUCAAGUGGUUAAACUACUCAUCAGUGAGGGAUGCGACGUUCACUCCAAGACCAACGCAGGGACUACACCACUGCACUUAGCAGUGACAUUCGGCAAUCUUGCAUUGGUCGCACUGCUCCUAGCUGAAGGAUGUGACGUGAACGCUGUAACGUACAAAGACCUGACAUACUCGUUCGGGAGAAUCCAACAAGAUUCCUUUACGGCUCUUCACUUUGCAUCCAAGAAGGGAAACCCUGGCGCGGCCAAACUUCUCCUAGAAAAGAGAUGUCAACGCAACGCCGCAACGAAGGACGGGCAAACUGCGCUUCACUUCGCAACAAGGGCCGGCCAUGUAGAAGUGGUCAAAGUGCUCCUGGAACACGGAUGCUAUGUCGAUGCGACCACCAAUGACGGGCGUACUGCACUUCACUACGCCGCGUGCUCAUUUAGAGAAAACCUUGAUAUAGUAAAACUACUGCCAGAAAAGGACUGCAACGUAAACAUGGUGGAUGAUGAAGGGUAUACAGCUCUUCACCUUGCUGCGAGAAGAAAACUCAACAUUCAUGCGAAGACAAAUGAGGGCAUGACUGCACUUCACGGCGCGUCUUGUCAUCCUGAAAUGUUACAAGUUUUUAUCGAAUACGGAUGUGACGUGAACGCGGUGACAAACGACGGCUGGACUGCUCUCCACUUGUUCACAGAAGGACAUGCCCUUACAUCUGGUGUGGUACAAUUGCUAGCAAGAAAUGGAUGUAAUUUAAACGCAGCUACAGGAGACGGGCGCACUGCACUUCACUUUGCCGUCCGCUGGACCGUGGAAACACUUGAUGUUGUGCGAACACUUCUUGACUGUGGCAGCGAUGUGAAGGCGAAGACAAACGCUGGAGAAAAUGCACUCCACUUUGCCGCUCAGGGUCAUGGAAGAACAGCUGAUGUUGUAACCCUGCUUUUGGAUAGAGGGUGUGAAUCAAACGCAGUGACUAAUGAAGGUUAUACUGCACUUCACUUUGCUGCCCAGUCUUGUUAUCCUGAAGUGUUGAAGUUGCUUUUGAAAGCGGGAUGUGAUUUGGACGCGGCAACAAAUGAAGGAUAUACUGCACUUCACUUUGCUGCCCAGUCUUGUUAUCCUGAAGUGUUGAAGUUGCUUUUGAAAGCGGGAUGUGAUUUGGACGCGGCAACAAAUGAAGGAUAUACCGCACUUCACUUUGCUGCCCAGUCUUGUUAUCCUGAAGUGUUCAAGUUGCUUUUGAAAGCGGGAUGUGAUUUGGACGCGGCAACAAAUGAAGGAUAUACUGCACUUCACUUUGCCGUAAGUUUCCGAGUCAAUGUGCUAGCCCUUCUUGACGAGGGAUGCAACGUGACUGCGAGGACAAACGCUGGAGAAACUGCACUUCACUUAGCCGCUCGGUUCUUCUACGCCGAAGUUGACGUGAUCAACCUGCUUUCAGAAAAGGGGUGUGACGUCAACGCGGUGACAAAUGAAGGCUUUACUGCACUUCACUUGGCCGCUCGGUCCUUCUACGCCGAAGUUGACGUGAUCAACCUGCUUUCAGAAAAGGGGUGUGACGUUAACGCGGUGACAAAUGAAGGCUUUACUGCACUUCACUUGGCCGCUCGGUCCUCUUAUGCCAAAGUUGGCGUAAUCAAGUUGCUCUUAGAAAAGGGGUGUGACGUGAACGCGGCGACAAAUGGAGGUUUCACUGCACUUCACUUGGCCGCUGAGUGGAACAACCUCGAAGUGGUGAAAGUGCUCCUAGCAAAGGGAAGCAACGUGAGUGCCGCAACCAACGACGGACACACUCCACUCCACUUUGCUAGUCUGAGGGGGAACCUUGAUGCCGCCACACUGUUAAUUACACAUGGCUGCAACGUUGACGCAGCUACUGAAGAUGGAAAGACUGCACUUCACUUCGCUGCAGAGUGGGGAAACCUUGACUUGGUCAAACUGCUGUUCUCCAACGGAUGCAAGGUUGACACGGCGUCAAAAGACGGCUUCACUGCACUGCACUUUGCGGGACUAAGAGGAAAUCUUGGCAUAGCCAAACUGCUCCGUGAGAAGGGAUGUGAUAUUAAGACACCAAUCGACGAAGAAGCACCUCCUCGACCGGACUACCUUUGUUUCAAUCCUAAUGUGGGGACAUUCCUCAUUGAAAGGGGGUGCGAUGUUAACUUGGCGACAAAUGACGGUUGGACGGCACUCCACUUCUUCGCUAAGACGGGUAAUGUUGAUGUGGUCAAACUGCUGAUAAAAAGACGAUGCGACUUGAGAGCAAUGACAGACACCGGAGAGACUGCUCUUCACUUAGCAUCAAAGUGGGGGAAGCUUGAUGUGGUCAAAGUGCUCCUUGACAAAGUGCCCUCUGCGAACGAAUCUAAUUACGACAAUCUUACUGCUCUUGACUAUGCCAUUGCAUUUGGCGAAAUGGACCAGUGAUAUUCAUCUCUUGCCUUCGUGCAAGAAACGCCGUUGAGAUCGUUCCCCAUUCAAACUCGCCGAGAAGAACGGUUACAAGAAAAUUGAUCUCAACACUGCCGUUACACUGAAUAUCAUCAGACUACACAGUCACAGUAAAGACAAUUAACAGAAGGAAUCAUCGUUCCAAAAUACUACACCAAUCCGUUUGGAAGAGAAUGGCAAUCGUGUCCCAGAAAAUCGCAUCUGGGAACAUCAAGUGAGAGGAAUGCAUAAAAAGGAUGACUUGAAGCAGAUGAAGGGUACAGUAACUACUUGAAUCAUUUUGAAGAGAAACCAAGAACUGAUUAUGAGCAGCUGCAUAAAUGGAUGAUGCACAUGGACAUUAAAAAAAAGGCAUGUCAUAACUGUUAAAAUGUCUUUAAGAAUAUUGUGAAGUAAAAACUGUGGUCAUAUCUUUUUUUUUGUAAUUUAGGUUUCAGAUGUAUCAAUUUUUGGUAAAAGUUCCUUUUUAUUGGAUAAACUUUAACGCUUAGACAGAGAGGCCACACCUGACUUCAGCACCUGAGAGUAUCGGGCGAGGGGUCGUCAGCUUGCAUAUUACUUCGUACACAGGCUCUGUAUUACUUCUAUAUUACUCUUAUAUUACCGCUAAAAAUUCAUAAAUAUUACCGAAUAGACUACUUCAAGCCUAGGUAGUAUGAAAAAUCAGACAAAAAAUGGUAAUAUGGGAUGUGUAUUACCACAUACUGAAUUACUGUAUUACUUCGUACACGCUCGAUAGGAGUUGACGAUCCCUCGGUACCAGGUGUCUUGCGUAUUUCUACCGAUAACACGUUUGUUGAAUAAGUACUCUAUUGUGAAACCUGAUACUGUCGGUUAAGUUAAAUAAAAUAUACCAAAGCGGAUCGGAA